AUGCAAAACCCAAACAUAGUCCUGUACGCGCCUCACACCGCCAAAAUCGAAGAUAAACCCAUCCCCACCCUAUCUUCACCUCACGACGUCGUUAUUCGGAUAAAUUACAUUGGCGUCUGCGGUAGUGAUGUCCACUUCUGGCACCACGCCUCCCUCGGACACCCCAUAAACCCUUGCACAGGGAUAACAAUGGGCCACGAAGCCUCAGGCACAAUCCACUCUGUCGGCCCCCUCGUAACCCGCGUCGCACCCGGCGACCGCGUAGCCCUCGAGCCCGGAUCCCCCUGCCGCCUCUGCCAGGCCUGUAAAUCCGGGUCGUACAAUCUUUGUCGCAAGAUGCGGUUUGCGGCGGCGCCGGGGAGCCCGGAUACGCAGGGGACGCUGUGUAAAUUUUACGUGUUGCCGCAGGAUUUGGUGUACAAGAUUCCCGAGGGGUUGGGGCUGGAUGAGGCGGUGCUUGUGGAGCCGUUGGCGGUCGCGGUGCAUAGUGUUAAGCUUGGGGAUGUGAGGGUGGGAGAGACGGUGGUGGUGAUGGGGGGUGGGACGGUGGGGUUGCUGUGUGCGGCUGUUGCGGCGAGGUUUGGGGCCAUGAGGGUUGUUGUUGUGGAUGUUAUUGAGAAGAAAUUGGAGUUUGCGAGGGGGUAUUUGGGGUGUGAGACUUUUCUCGUAAAGGGGGAGAAGAGUGCGGAGGAGAGUGCGGAGGGGUUGUUAAAGACGUUUGGGUUGGGGGAGGAGAGUGUGGAUACGGUUAUUGAGGCUUCUGGGGCGGCGAAGAGUAUUGAGGCGGGGAUUUUGGUGUUGAGGCCUGGGGGCAAGUUUGUGCAGACGGGGUUGGGGAAGGCGAGGGUGGAGUUUCCGAUCGUGGUGAUGUCGCAGAAGGAGCUUAUGGUUAGGGGGUGUUUUCGGUAUGGACCUGGUGACUAUGACUUGGCGAUCCAGCUGUUAGAUAAGGGGCUGGUUGAUGUAAAGCCGCUUAUCAGUUCCGUGACUCCCUUUGAACAGGCGACGGAAGCGUGGGAGAAGACGUCGAGGGGUGAGGGGAUCAAGAAUCUCAUCCAAGGUGUGGUCUAG